CUACUGACUGAAUGAAUUGAAUACUGAUACUGAGUUACUGAAUUAAAUUAAAGUUACCCAGUUUCAGUUCAGUAAGUUACUGACUGACUGAGUUACUCUUAAAGCAUAACAGGCAGGCCAAUGACUGACUGAAUCUGGGCGAAGGCAGGGAUAGGGAUAGGGAAUUUUGUUUUGUUUUUGUUUUGAAUCAAUACGAAUACGAAUUAAUUAACUCACUGAUGAUGUACGUUUACGUUUAGGCCCAAAAGGUACGUUACAUUGGUUUAUUUGAUUCUGGGUAUAUUUUCGUUAGGAGGUCCAUUCCUGGGAUUAUAGGCUAGGCCUAACUGAAUUUUCACCCAUAGGCUGAGGCUAUUGAAAUUGAAAACAGCGAAUAGGAGGAGACUAGUUGAAGGCUUGAAGGUUGGAACAAAUCCACAUAAUAGGAGAAAUAUAUACACUAUGGAGAGUGCACCUGAUCCAAGUUUGACCAACAGUCCGAAUAUAAACUCAGUAUUGAAGCCACCAAAACCUCGAAUACCAUUGAAGGAUUUGAUGGCAGCUGCUCCUGAGGAAGAUAACACUGCUGCUCGUAAACGACGAGUCAGCUUUGCCAAUGUCAACAAGAUCAAAGAGUUUAGUGCUGGUGCAGAGUCAAUGGUGGUUUGUCAAACUCCGGCAUAUGAAGAACCAUUUUCAGUUUCCUCAGAUUCGUCAUAUCCCUCUGGAGUUGAUGGGUGGACGCCUGGCAAAGUACAGUCAUCGGUAGAAAAAGAAAACAUGUCCAUUCCAACUUUGAGAAUGUCCACAGAAAUGGAUUUGACCAGAUUAGUUGAGAACCCAGCUUGUAGAACUAGGUUCUCUGUUAACGAAAUGGAUCUAACAGAGGUUGCCAAUUCAUGCAGAUCUGCAAACUUUGACCAACAAACAAGAUUUUCUCUAGGAAUGGACUUAACAAAUGUAGCUACCGGAUAUUCCAACCAAAAUACAAAAUAUUCAGUUGGGGAUAUGGAUUCAUCUGAAAUGGCCCGGUCUCAUCGUGUACUUGAUCAAACAAAUGGCCAUUCUACGGGUAUGGACAUGAUUGGUAGAUAUUCAAUUAAUGGAAUGGAUUUGACUGAAGCAGCUAAUCUUCAUCAGACACUUCCCAAUCGGAGAUCUGCAAGAUUUUCUGUUGCAAUGGACUUUACUAAUGUUAUUGGUAAUCCUAUGAGCACAAUAAGAUUUUCAUGUAAUGAAAUGGAACUGACUGAAGCAGCCCGACCAUUUACAUUCAGUGAGCAGCCUUCUAAAGAUGAACACUCUGUGAAUGCAUCUCUGAAUGGUUCAGAAGAAUUGGAGCUAACAGAGGCUGUUGAAGGUGCACAGUUUUCUGCUGUAUCUCCUAAGUAUAAAAGUAUUGAUGUCGGUUUAACAGAAAAUGUUCUAUACUCUGUAAAUAACACACGAUAUUCAGUUAAUAACAUGGAUAUGACCAGUGCUGUAGCUUCAGGCAUGUCAACUAAUCGUAGGAAAUCUUCUAGAUAUUCCUUGGUAAACAUGGAUUUAACUGAAAUCGUAGACAAUAGCUCUGAUGCUUUGGAACUCACACAAACUAUUGGGGACCCUCAAAUAAAAUCAGGGUUGACAAAAAAUUCAGUGUGUGAAAUGGAUUUGGCUGAGAGUGUGGACCAAGGUUUUCCCGAAAUAUCCAAUCGUAUGGAUCAUCAAACUAGUGAUAGUAUAAAACUGGAGUAUUCUGUUGAUUCAACAAAUCUUAUGAACCUGACUAAACCCAUACACAAUGCCCCCGAAUUUAAUGAAGAAGAUUUAAUACCCACUCCGAGUUUUAAAGCUGAUGAUACCUGUUCGUCGUUUUUGUCCGGUGAAGAUCUUAAAAAUGUUGAUGAGAAAUUGAGUGAUACAAGGUUUUGCUCCACCUCUACUUCUCAAUCUUCAACCACAACUACUACAGAUGUUCCAGUAGUCAAUGAGAAUGAACAAAAUAACCCCCAUAAUACUAUCCACGUAACAAAGCAUUCCCACCAAACCACAAAAUUAAAUGAUUCUAGUAACAAAAGUUCCUCAAAUUCUGAAGGCCAGUUAAAAAAGGAUCUACUAGGAUCUGAGUUAAAUGUGUCAUUAGUUGAAAAAGUAUAUCCCUCAGCAAAAACUGUAGAUCGAGAAGAAAAUCUUAAGGAAAUCCUUGAUUCUUCUAAGCAUGAAAAGAAUCUUUUAAAAAUGGUAGAGAAAACCUUCACAGACAGUGAAACUGAACUAAAUGAAAAUAAACUAUGUUUAUUGAAUGUUGAUAACUGCUAUAGUGAGGAUGAUAAAUCUUCAAGUUAUUUGAAAAAAGAAUGUGAACAAGAAAACAUAAUAAUUAUCAUGAGUGGUUCUAAUCAUUAUUCUAAUAUAGAAGGUGGCACCUCAGAGCAAAAAACCCGUUCAUGUGCUACUUACCAAAAGGAUUUAAUUUUUGAGAAUGAGUCUAACAAUAAAGACCCUAUUAGCAAUGAAACUAUGAUAAUUGACGAUGCUCUAAAUACUUCUAUUACAAACAGCACUGACAUCAUAGAAAUAAAAGCAAAUGAAGUUGAACAUUCGUGUUUAGAUGGUGAAACAAUACCUGAAACUAUGACUGAAGGAAGUUGUUGUUUGAAUGAGUCUGUCAUGAAUAUGUCACUAGGAAAUACCUCUGUGGAUCAAGUUCAGGAAUUUGAAAACUGUAACGAACAAGUAAAAGGUAUCGAUGUCAUUAUUGAACCACCAUUUUCUUUUCCUUUAUCAAACCUUGAUGAGGAAGAUAGCCAGAAAAUAAGUACUAUUCAUAAAGAUCAAUCCGCUGACUCCAAAAUGUCACCAAAUUCAUCCUUGAAUUUGUCCAACAGAAGUGUUUUUUGUAAUAAAAAUAUAACAAUGACACGUGGAAGUAGUAAAAGUUCAGUUAUUACAUCUAACACGUCUCUAGAGAUCAGUUGUAAGGAUACUUCAAUUGAACUUAAAAGUAAUUCAAAUUGUAAGAUUUUAAAUCAGUCAGAAAGCAAUAUUAGUCAUGGAGUAGUCUCUCAACACCCAGAAGCAGUUAGUGGAUGUAGAGGAAAGAGAAGUUUUGAGGCUGCAUUAGAACCUGAAAAUGACACAGAAGAAAGUCCUGUCAAACAGUUAUGUAUGUCAAGAGAGGAACGCUCUACCGAAUAUGAGAUUCUGAACAAUAUCACUGUACCUUCAUUUCUAAUGGACACAGUGUCUGCACAAAAUGAAACUGAUACAUGCUUAGAUCAUAAUGAAACACCAGAAGCUCAACAUCAUAUAGACUCUACAGCUCACAUCCACACUGAAAGUGCAUUGUCUACACAACAAAACAAACAGGGGUUUAGUUUGCUAAUAAAUAGUUCAUUCAAAUGUAAUAUGUCUGAAAAUCUAUUGCGUCACGAAGUGAUAGAUCUUUGUGAGUCAAGUUUUGAUGCAACAACGACAGAAGUGAGAGACUUAAUGAAUAACAGUCGUUACAAAACGACAAAUGUGACCAACAACGAAGAGGUUGCAUGCAAACAACAGGACAAUUCUGAUUGCGUAGUAAGAAAAUGUGACUCUUCUGGCUUUCAUGAAUUGGACAACAAACAUUUUGACCAAGGACCGCAAUCAGAAUUGAUUAAAGAAGAACUUGACAGUGGCAAUUUAAACACUGAAGACACUUUAAAGACUGAGCUAGGAAGAGAAAAAGAAAGUUGGUCGCUGGAACCAUUAAACCUUCCCACAGACAUACAGUCAAGUAUCUGCUUCAGAAAAUGGGGCAAGCUGAAAAUUGUCAGAAAAAAUACUUUCACAGCUUGUUUUAUCCCGAAUUGGAUUGAAAUUCUAUUUACAGUUGACUCCUGGGGCAAUGUGGUCAAUGUUAGCUACCAAAGCAUUUGUACAGGUGGUAACACUGCCAUCACUGAGUAUUUGCUGAAACAAGCCAGAAAUUAUGUAUUCCCAAAAAAAGGAUCUGAUCUCAUAAUGAAUUUGAUAUCUGAAAAAAAAUCACAUCUUGCUCGUCUUGCUAGGAAUGUUAAUUUAAUAUGUAAAUACCACAAUGGGAAAAUCAAUGGAGACAUCCUUACACUUGAGGCUGCAAGUUGCAAACAUCAUUUCUGGACAUUCAUUGAUGUAAAUAUAAAACAUCCUCAGUCUCUCAAUGAAACGGACAUAACUAUCUCAGAACAGAAAAUUGGAGAGCUCAAGUUGUCUUAUAUACGAAGGAUUUUCAAAUGCAUUGAAGAAAAUGAAGAUCAGCUGUUGAAUUUUGCCAAAGCUGUGUCAAAGAUGCAGCGUAGUGACUAUCAAUUUUGAUGUUGAAAAGUGGAUUUGUGUAAAUAUGUGGCAUUAAUAAAUGAAGUAUUAAAAGUUA